AUGCCCCAAGACACCUCUUCCGCGCUAGGGGCUCCUUCCUCAACACCCCAGACGCUCGUCGAGAAACCUUCCGCCCCUCCCGUCAACAUCCUCCCCUCGUUGAUAGCCCGGAUCUACUCAAUUGCGCAUCCGGCACUCCUUUUGGCAUUGGGUGCCACUCGUUUCGAAGCAUUGGUGGCUAAUCCUACUAAGGAGCUUCUUUCCACCCUACCAUGGCUCACCCUUAUACAAAUCUUCUACGUGAUUGUAUGUCUUCCGCCCGCUGGGUCGACAUCAACAGAGACGAGCGCGUCCGCCCCGACUGAUGUGAAGUCAAGUCCUCGGCCAUCUGGGCCUGGUGGUGCCGCGCGACAUGGCAAACAUGGAAAGCGGAAGCAGCACGCCAAUAGCUGGGCAUGCAUUUGGUCUCGGUCACUGCCGGCCCUCCUCUCGGUCUCCCUGACCUUCGUCUUGGCCACCCCGGUUCUGACAAUCCUCCUGGUUCUAUUCGGCGCCCCGCUCACAACCCACAAUUCCGAGACCAUCCUGUGUGCGGCCCACAUGGCCGUUCUAUCCGCGACGGCCCUGAUCUACGCCCACGGGUUGGACCGCGGCGUAUGGAACGAGGUUUGGGGCAUUGCCCGACCCGCUGAUGCGGUCUGGGGCAGUGCGCUCGGUACAGGCUUGGGGGCGUGGUUUGGCGCUAUUCCUAUUCCUCUUGACUGGGACCGACCUUGGCAGGCAUUCCCAAUUACGAUUCUUGUUGGAGCCUACAUCGGAUAUGCCAUUGGCUCCUUGCUUUCUCGUACUCCAUUGGUUUACGGCAAGCGUGUCAAAUUCACCUCGGAGGACUUGAGCGAAACCGAAAAGAAAAUCAACUAG